AUGAAGCUCGCGAUACUCUUCAGCUUCGCAGCACUGGUGCUCUCUACAGUCUCAUCUACUCCCGCUCGUCUGUGGCCGCAGACUGCGCGGAUCGACGGGAGAGCGGCUCGUAAAGCCUUUCACGGAGUUGAUUAUAUGACCAAUGCCGAGCGUAUGAAGCGAAAGCUUCCCCUCAAUCCACCCGUUCGCCGAGCCAAACGCAACACGGUGAAGGGCAUGGCGAAACGUCUCGACGCGGCACCUGCCGCAGCUAUGGCUAGCGGAUCGUCGACCCGCUACGGUUUCCUCUUCUGUACCUACGAGGAUCCCGCUUUCAGAAACCUCUACUUGAUCUCCACCACCGACAUCCAGGAGGCUGUCAAUACCUGUGCAGGAUAUCAGGUCCGCGACCUCGGAGAUGUUGGUGGGCAAUUCGCUGUCUCUGAUGCCUCGCUCGAAGGGUCGUUGUUUGAGUGUUCUAUCGGUAUAGUGCUCCCCAAUAGUAAUAGUACGGGAAAAUACCAGGCUGAUAUACCAUUACCAUGGUCCUUAGUAUGUAUGGUAUUUAGUAUCGCCCCCCGCGAAUCCAGUGGUAGCAGGUAUUACCAAGUACUAGGCCUGGUAUACCAAAAAUACUACAGCUUUUCCGCCACCCGUCCUUUCCUGAGCUGCUUACUGAGUAGCAGUCCCGCCAGGAGGACUCUGCCCUUUUGGUACAUGCGGACAUGCACUGGCGCUGCUUCUGCAUCUGUGACCACGAACGGCACUCCUUUGUUCGAAGUCAGACACUAUUUUGUCCGAAGUCAGACACCACUUUGUCCGAAAUCAGCACCGCUUUGA